GAUCUUCUCCAAGCCCAGUAAAGAGGAGAAACAGGAGCUCCGCUGUGGUCAGCAGGUCCGCGCCUCCGCGCUGCUACAGUGUUGUUGGAGGAGCCGAACAGGAGCUGCUCUCAUCGAGAAGUGAAGUUCUGAUGCAAGUCUGCUCCUGGCCUCCACUUUCCUACACAUCCUUAAAUUUACCUUCGCAACAAGAGAAUCCCCCCAACACUAAUACGUAAGACUGUUGAAGUCAGGUGAAAUCAAAUGUGCAAGUAUGGUGUCCAAAAGACUCUCCAGCUCUCAGAAAACAUCCUCUGGUUCUCUCCACACUAAGACAUCUCACAGAGGAACUCAGAAAAAUUCCGGCAAGGAGAGAAAUCACCACUGCCUGGACUGUGGUAGGAGUUUUACUUAUCGGAGUAUUCUCAGAGUACACCAGCGCAUUCACACAGGAGAGAAACUGUUCCAGUGCUCAGACUGUGGGAAGAGCUUUAAUCACCUGAGUCAUCUCAAAACCCACCAGCGCAUUCACACUGGAGAGAAACCGUUUCGUUGUUCAGACUGUGGAAGAAGCUUCAAUACUAAUGGUAGUCUUCAAAGACACCAGCGCAUUCAUACAGGAGAGAAACCGUAUGUCUGCUCUGAGUGUGGGGAGAGCUUUCGUUAUGGAGAUGCUCUCCUAAAACACCAGCUUGUUCACACAGAAGAGGAACCAUAUUGCUGUUUAGACUGUGGGACGAGCUUUCAUAAUGAGGUUACUCUUCAAAAACACCAGCGCAUUCACACAGGAGAGAAACCUUUUUAUUGUUCAGAGUGUGGAAACAGCUUUUGUAAUGCAGACACUCUGCAAAAACACCAGCGCAUUCACACGGGAGAGAAGCCCUAUCAUUGCCCAGACUGUGGAAAGAGAUUUACUCAGCAGAGUCAUCUCAAAGUGCACCAGCGCAUCCACACAGGAGAGAAACCGUAUCAGUGCUCAGAGUGCGGGAAGAUAUUUACUUUAAAGAGUUCUCUCCAACUACAUCAGCGCGUUCACACAGGAGAGAAACCAUAUCACUGCUCAGAGUGCGGGAGGAGUUUUACUAAACUGAGUAAUCUCCAAACACACCAGCGCAUCCACACAGGAGAGAAACCGUAUCACUGUUCCGACUGCGGGAAGAGCUUUCGUCAUGGAGAUACUCUCAGAAUACAUCAGCGCAUUCACACAGGGGAGAAACCAUAUCAGUGUUCAGAGUGUGGAAAGAGAUUUAAUCAACGGUAUCAUUUCAAAGCACAUCAGCGCAUUCACACAGGAGAGAAACCCUAUCAGUGCUCAGAGUGCGGGAAGAGAUUCACUGUGAAGAAUGAUCUCCAACAACACCAGCGCAUUCACACGGGAGAGAAACCAUAUCACUGCUCAGAGUGUGGGAGGAGUUUUAAUAAACUGAAUUAUCUCCAAGCCCACCAGCGCAUUCACACAGGAGAGAAACCAUAUCACUGCUCAGACUGUGGUAAGAGCUUUACUACACUUGGUAGUCUCCAAAGACACCAGCGCAUCCACACAGCAGAGAAACCGUAUCAGUGCUCAGAGUGCGGGAAGAGCUUUAAUCAACUGAAUCAUCUCCAAACGCACCAGCGCAUUCACACAGGAGAGAAACCAUAUCUUUGUUCAGACUGUGGGAAGAGGUUUACUUCGCAGAGUAAUCUCCAAAGACACCAGUACAUUCACACAGGAGAAAAACCGUAUCAGUGCUCAGAGUGUGGGAAGAGCUUCCGGUGUGGAAAAAUAUUUACCGUAAGAAGUUACCUUCAACUACACCAGCGCAUUCACACAGGAGAGAAACCCUACCACUGCUCAGAGUGUGGGAAGAGCUUUACUCAAAAGGGGAAUCUCAAAGUGCACCAGCGCGUUCACACGGGAGAGAAACCGUACUACUGCUCAACCUGUGGAAACAGUUUUCGUGACAGAUCUACUUUCAGAACACACCAGCGCAUCCACACGGGAGAGAGGCCGUAUCAGUGCUCGGAGUGCGGGAAGAGAUUUACUCGACAGAACAGUUUUCUGCAACACCAGCGCAUCCACACGGGAGAAAAACCGUAUCGUUGUUCAGAGUGUGGGAAGUGUUUUGCUCGACAUAGUACUCUCAGAAUUCACCGGCACGUCCACACACGUGAGAAGCCACAUCACUGCUCAGAGUGUGGGAGGGGCUUUGUGAAACAGAAUCAUCUCCAGAUACACCGGCGCAUUCACACAGGAGAGAAACCCUUUCGCUGCCCGGACUGUGGAAAGAGAUUUGCUAAUCCAUGUCAUCUCCAAAUACACCAGCGCAUUCACACUGGAGAGAAACCGUAUUACUGCUCAGAGUGCGGACGGAGCUUCAGGCAUUCAAACACUUUAAAGACACAUAAAUGUCCUCAGAGAGAUGUAGAAGUUCAUGCCGUGAGUUUAUUGAAUCAGAACACAUGUUUAUGAUUGAGAUUUUUGUUCGUUCUGUGUCAGUGGUAUAACGUACGUAUGUGGUUUAGAUGCUUCUAAUGAAGGUAAUUGUUUAUACGUGUACUUCAUAUGACAAAAGAAAUAAAUAAAAGCAAACUACCAUGGAAUAUUAAAA